AUGGCGGGAGGGCGCCUUGAGCGUGGCGGCGUCAGUGCCUCACCGUCCGCCACUCGGCCACCUCCUCCACGCCGACUUGGGGAUACGCCAUGGACAAACUGUCACCCUCGACAAAGCCCGGAGAAGAGCGCGUGGGUGGCCGAGGCCGUCCCCGCGGAGCAGGCGGCGCGCCCGCCGCCCUGCCGCUCCCAAUCCUGCGACGCUCGGAUGCAGGCGACCGAGGUGACGUCGGACAUCGCGUCCAGCUCCUUCGUCAGGUUCUACUCCACCAAGGAAUCCAAAACCAAGGUCGAGGAGCCGCCAUCAAUCGAGGAGCCUCUGCACAUGCCGGCGCGGCGCACCAUCUUCCACAACACGGCCAGGGAGCACGGCGCCGUGGACGACUUCGACGAGGGGACCUGGAGGUACUUCACGUUCGACGAGCAGAGCCUCUCAGCACUGAGCCGGAGGCUGCAAGAGGAGACCAAGCACAAGGACUUCGUCAUCUGCCGCAGGAGCAGCGGCGCCGCGCCGAGGCUGUUCCCCGUCGUCCUGGACCUGCCGCCCGGCAACGACGAGAUGGAAUUUGUCCUGGUCCUGGUGCCAUCUAGAGCGGCAAAUGAUCUUCAGUGGCCAUAG